AUGAUACUCUCUACUAGUAGCGACCUCCGUGUCAAUGGAUGGCCUGCUCUUAUUGUAUUGAUCAGCCACAGCUGUUUGUCUCUGUGCUCGGCAUUCACAGCGCCUUGUUCGCGUGCUCUUCCGACACGGCAAGCAACCGGUCUUGCGUCUCGACAACCCUCGCAGCUACAUGUAUUUGGUCUUCCCUCCCUGUUGACAUCCGAUGUUGACAUUGUACCGCUAGAUCCGACCGACAUUCCAUUGGAAAAUGCCUUUCAAGACUCCAUUUCCUUGACCGAUGGCCCCGUGGGUAUUCUGGCGGGAGUCUUUGUUCUGUUUAUAGUUUUGGCCGUGGCUCUCAAAGCCGUCAUGGGACAAAUGGACAGCGCCAUUGAAAAAGUACUGGCUGAUUUCGAGACCACCGUGAAGGCUUACUACCCCGAACGAUGGGAGAAAAUUGAAGAAGAGGAAUUGAAAGGACUCGCCGGUGAUGAACGGGACGUCCAAUUGCUAAAGGUCAUGGAACAGUUGCAAGUGCAAGAGCCAGAAUUCAUGACGCAAGUUGCCGAUCGAAGCACUGCGGAAAAGCCAUGA